AUGAAGUUAUCCAUCACCGCUGCUGGCCUCUUCUUGGCUGUCUCCUCGUUCGCGAGCGCCCAGUCCACCUCCACCAUCACCACCACCCACACCAUCACCCAGACCAUCAUCCACGCCUCCACCGUCACUGCUUCUAGCAGACCGGCCUCGACUCCUGCUGUCUCGCCUUCCUCUACUCCCAAGCCCUCACCCUCCAGCAGCGUGGUUCCUGCUUCAAGCAGCGUUUCUGGUACCACCACCACCACCACGCCUUCCGUUCCUCUCUCAACCAACUCCAACGCCGCCGUGCCCUUGGCAGGCAAUGUGCAAGCUGCUCUUGUCGCUGGAUCAUUCGCUGCUUUGCUCGCUGUUCUCUAA